CUGUUUGCAAAUGUUCCACACUUAUUUAAUGCCAAAAUUAGGAGACCCCAUGAAUUGUAUAAUUUAGGGUUAGAAUGGGAGAGGAGGAUUAUUUUUAGGGAAUAUCGAGAGUGCUGGUAAUGGGAAACUAUUAGGCCAUCAUGACAUUGGUGCAAUAUUGGCUGUGAUGAGCACAAAGGAUUUCACGUAUGAUGCGCAUAUUGCUCAUAAGUUUAUUAGAAUCGACGAUGCUGACUUUGUAAAUUUAAGUAAGUUUUUUGAGGAGGCUAUUGAUUUUAUUGAUAUCAAUCGAUAGCAAACAAAUGUAUUAGUACAUUGUCAUGCAGGAGUUUCAAGAUCUGCAACAAUUGUAAUUGCUUAUCUGAUGAAAACUUAAAAUAUGUCGUUGGAAUAAGCAUUUAAACAUGUUCAGAACCAGCGACGAAUUGUAAAUCCCAAUCCUGGAUUCAUGAGACAAUUGAAGCAAUAUGAUUAGAAAUUGUAGGGAUCGAAUUCCCUAAGGACUUCAACAGUGAAGUAGAAGGAGAGAUAACACUCAUAGACCAAUCUUCGUUAAAGUUAGUUUGUUUAACAGCCUUCUGAGAAUUACAAUUCUCUCUACCAGCAAUACCAACCUCAUCGUCAAUAUCAGAGUGCUUCAGAUUUAAUGAGAUAAUCUCAGUACAAUUAUGAAAGACUUAACUCAAGACAAAUGCAUUAUCCCUAUAUGCCAUAACAUUAUGCACCUUAUGUCAGAAACUAUAGUGUCCCGUAUGGAUAGAAUCCUCUGCACUUUUCUACUUACAGAUAGUGA